AGGAUACUCAUUCUACCGCCUGGCUACAGAAGAGAAAGGAAGUUGGUUCAGGACCAACCUCCCGUCAUGUAUCCCGUGAAAUGGCACUAAUUUUCCUUAAGCAGUCUAGAUUUUAUACUUUUGCCUCCCACUGGAGGUAUUUAUUUAGACCCAAUGGCCUUUCAGGAAAUUCUGGAUCAAGUUGGAAGCCUGGGAAGAUUCCAGAUCCUUCAAGUGGCUUUUCUUAUGAUAUGUAAUAUCUUGGCUUCACCUCAUAUUGCCUUGGAGAAUUUCACGGCAGCCGUGCCUGAGCACCGCUGCUGGGUGCGCAUCCUCGACAAUGGCACGCUCUCUGACAAUGGCACUGGGCUCCUCAGCCAGGAGGACCUGCUGAGAAUCUCCAUCCCACUCGACUCCAACCUCAGGCCAGAGAAGUGCCGGCGCUUUGUCCAUCCCCAAUGGCAGCUCCUCCACCUGAACAGCACCUUCUGGAACUUGAGUGAGGCAGAAACAGAGCCCUGUGUGGACGGCUGGGUGUAUGACCGCAACUCCUUCGUCUCCACCAUCGUGACCAAGUGGGACCUGGUGUGUGAAUUUCAGUCACUAACUUCAAUAAGUAAAUUCAUAUUGACACUUGGGAUUUUUUUGGGAAACACGCUAUGUGGCCAUUUAACAGACAGGUUUGGAAGGAGGCUGAUUAUCAUCAUCUGUGUGCUGAAUUUGGCCAUUGCUGACACAUGCGCAGCCUUUGUUCCCACCUUCCUCCUUUACUGUGUCCUGCGCUCUCUGGCUGGUCUGUCCAUCACAGUCAUCCUAACAAACAGUACGGUGCUCAGUGUAGAAUGGACAGGACGCAAAUUCCAAGCCAUGGCGGUGCUCUUAUUAUUAUGUUCAUUUGGCUUAGGACAAGUAUUGUUGGGAGGCCUGGCUUAUUUUGUUCGAAAUUGGCAGAACCUUCAGCUUGCGCUGUCUAUACCUGUCUUCUUCUUACUUCCAUUCACAAGGUGUCUGGCAGAGUCUGCUCGGUGGCUGAUUAGCACCAACAAACCCCAGGAAGCCUUAAAGGAGCUGUGGAGAGCUGCGCGCAUAAAUGGAAUGAAGAAUCAUAGAGACACGCUAACUGUGGAGGUGGUGAGAGCCACCAUGAAGGAGGAGCUAGAGGUGGCAAAGAAAAAAGCUUCUGUGCGCGACCUGCUCCAUGCUCCCGCCCUGCGUAAGCGCAUCUGUCUCUUGGCCUUUGUGAGAUUUGUAAUAUACUUGCUCACUUAUGGCUUAAUACUCAACCUCCAGAACUUGGGAAGUAAUACUUUUCUGCUGGUGAUUCUCUUUGGUGCCCAGAGCAUCCCAACUAAUUGUAUAACACUUAUUGCACUGAAUCACCUGGGCCGUCGAAUAAGUCAAUUUCUUUUCAUGUUGUUUACGGGGACCUUCAUUCUGGCUACUGCAUUGGUGCCUCAAGAAAUGCAAACCCUUCGUCUGGUUCUCUCAACUCUGGGAGGAGGAUUUGGGAGUGCUUCCCUUUCCAGUUUGCUAACACAUUCAAAUGAACUACUCCCCACCGUAGUCAGGGCCACUGCUUUAGGAAUCAUUGGACUUGCUGGUAGCCUUGGGUCCUCACUGGCUCCCCUGUUGAUGAUUCUCGCAGUUUAUUCUGCUCCCUUGCCCUGGAUCAUCUAUGGUGCCUUCUCUGUUCUUGGUGGCUUUAUAGUCCUCCUCCUUCCUGAAACCAGGAACCAACCUCUGCCUGACUCCAUCCAAGAUGUGGAAAAUGAGAGGAAAGGCUCAAGACAAGCAAAGCAGGAAGAUACUGUCAUCAAAGUAACACAGUUUUAAGCAAUUCUGGUAAUUGUCCUAGAUCUACUGAAAGAGCAAGAAAAAGGAAAAACAAAAUCAGUAUUCUUCCCACGUACUAGUAAAUGUUUUUUUUUAAUGAAUUGACAUAUUAGAAAACAUGGAUCACAUUUAAAUGUUUGACACUGUAUUAGAAAACAUGGAUCACAUUUAAAUGUUUGACACGGAACUACUGUCUAUAUAAUAGGUAGUUUAAUCAGAAUCAGACAGUUGAAGGAAACUGGAAUGUCUUGAAAGGAAUCCUGAUAGGAAAUACUUUUGUAGCUAUGUAUUGCUUUUCCAGGUGAGGUGCUGUUAAUUCAGCUUUGUGUGGCUGUGACAAAACACCUGAGAAAGCUCACUGAAAAGGGGCAAAGUGUUAUUCAGGCUUUCAGUCCAUAGACCCUUGACUAUUCAGGCCCUGUGCAGACAUCUCCCCCCUCCUGCAUAAUCCUCUGCCCAGUGUCUGUGUUACCUAGGUAACUGGAAUACUUGGUAGCAGUCACCUCCCCUCCUCUGAGGUCACAUCCUGGGCUGUCCAGGUCCUGCCUCCCAGCAGAAUGUGGGUGGGUUCCAGGCUCUGAGAUCUCAUACAAAUCCAGUGUUUCCACACCUUUUCCACACCUGGCCACACCUUCCCCUGCCCCCCAGUCCCCUGGCCUAGAUAAGUCCUGGCCCCUGGGUGGCAGGCCCCUUUUCAGCCCUGUGCUUCUCCACCAUGCAUGUAGGCAGGCAAUUUGAAAUAAAUAACUUCUCUUCCUGCCUGGAUUCCACAGUGGUGGCGUCAUUCAUUGGGGGCCUACUUUAUUUUACCUUACAGUUAUACUGCUUCAGAGGUUUGGGGAGGUUGUACCUCAUAACAGAAGGGUGUCCUGGAGAAAACCUGUUGAAGUCAUUGUGGGCAGGAAGGCUAGAAGGAGGAGGGGCAGGAAGAGGGAAAGAGAGAGAGUUGGAGGGAAAUAAAAAGAAAGAGAGAUUGCAAGGCAAAGAGAA